CGGGGAUCUGACAGACCACCACUGUGUGUUUGAACACCUUCACUUAACCUUUUGAAGAGUUUUUUUUUUACAUAUUUAGUGGGAAAUCCCUGCACAAAAAUGACAAUUUCCUAUUCUCUGGAAGUGGCCAAUGUGAGGUUUUACGGAUUCUCCAGGCUCCUCUUCAGGUGGAAAGGAAGCAUUUACCGGCUGCUGUACAAGGAGUUCCUGGUGUUUUGUGGAGUUUAUGUCUUUUUCAGUAUCUUUUACAGGUUCCUGCUCACACCAAAGCAGCAGGAUCUGUUUGAGCGUGUCGCCCUUUACUGUGAUCAGUUCACAAACUCCAACUUCAUCCCUGUUCUGUUUGUUCUCGGUUUCUAUGUGACCCAAGCCUUCAACCGCUGGUGGGGUCAGUACACAAGCUUCCCACUGCCUGACAACCUGAUGAUGGUGGUGUCAGGGAACGUCCACGGUGCUGAUGAGAGGGGCCGUCUCCUGCGACGAACCCUCAUGAGAUAUGCCAACCUAUCCUCUGUGCUGAUUCUGCGCUCCAUUAGCACUAGAGUUCGCAAGCGUUUCCCAACUUUGGAGCACGUCGUUGAAGCUGGAUUCAUGACAACACACGAGCUGAAAAACUUUGAGUCGCUGCACUCCGAUUUUAACAAGUACUGGAUGCCUCUGACGUGGUUCUCCAACCUGGCAUCCAGAGCCAGAGAGGAAGGGCGAGUGAGGGAUGACAUCGCUCUGAGGCUGCUGAUGGAUGAGCUCAACAAAUACAGAACCAAGUGCAGCCUGUUGUUCCACUACGACUGGAUAAGCAUCCCCCUGGUCUACACACAGGUGGUAACUAUUGCAGUUUACUCGUAUUUUGCUUUCUGCGUGAUUGGCCGACAAUUCCUCAACCCUGAGAAGGGUUACAGCGGUCAUAAACUGGACAUGUAUGUUCCUGUUUUCACCCUGCUGCAGUUCUUCUUUUACACUGGUUGGCUCAAGGUGGGGGAGCUGAUCAUCAACCCAUUCGGAGAAGAUGAUGAUGACUUUGAAACCAACCAGCUCAUUGACAGAAACCUUCAGGUGUCCAUGUUGGCCGUGGAUGACAUGUACCAGAAUUUAGCCCCGAUUGUGAAGGACAAACACUGGAACCAGAGACACUUCUCCAUCCCUUACACUCUGUCUACAGCAGCCGAGUCUCAACGACCAGCUUUCAAGGGUUCCACAUUUGACAUGAGAAUGAGCGUUGAAGAUCUCGAAAUUCACCAGCCUAAAGAAGCUCCAGCAAACAGAGCGUUUUUGCAGCAUCGGACCUCUCUGGUCGAUGGGUUUGAUGAUUCUCUGCAGAACACUAACGGCAGCGUAAACAGUGAGAGCCACAUUUAUCUCACUGAUGUCUUGUUUCACCCAGAUGAAAAAGAUGAGACUGAUGAGCACAACACCAAUGCUGCAAGUGACCGAGAACAGGAGAACGCUCUGCUUCCACCUGAACAAAAAUACUGAGAAAUAUGGAAACUGGCCCAAAUACUCUGACGAACUUUGUGUUUUGUUAUCAAAGCUGAAGUGGUUUGUUGUUUCUUACAUUUUAUUUUGUACAUCAAUAAAAUCAGGGGACUUGUAGAUUCUGUAUGAAUGAUGUUUACGGUAUUGAAGAUUUUUUCUGUUUAUUAACUCACUGAAAAACAUUGAAUAUAUUUGUUGAACAAAAAGCCUAAUACAUGGUUAUAAAUUGCAUUAUGCAAACACAAUUAUGAUGCAAUGACUUCUCAAUGUUAGUAAAUAUCCCAACUGUUAAUUUCUUUUUUUUUUUUUAUGGGGCAUUUGUUUGAUUUUUUUACCUGCUUUGGUUGCUGCUAUUAUUAAAAACUACUCUUUAUGCAUCCAUGUUCUUUUUGAUUACUGUGUUUUUUGUUCCAUAUAAUGUAUUUUGACUGCUAAACUAUAAAAAUGUCAAUAAUUAUUAUACAAUUUACUGAUUUGUUUUCAAUGUCAACAGUAAAAAAAGGAUCAAAGUGACAGAAAUGCAUGUGAUAUUUGAGCAAUCAAUAAAUGUCAAUAACCUGA